AUGGGCUGCAAUCUGUGCACUUUUCAGAAGAGAGAAGAGCACUACAAACUGCUCUAUGAAGUUUCACAGGUCAAUGGGAAGGACCUCUCCAAGGCCACUCAUGAAGAGGCAGUGGAAGCUUUUCGUAAUGCCAAGGAGCCAAUUGUUGUUCAGGUUUUACGACGAGCCCCAGUUACCAAAGCUCCUUGUAGCUCUCAGGAUGUUCGGCUUGUGGAUGCCAGCACCCAGACUGACAUCACUUUCGAGCACAUUAUGGCUCUGGCCAAACUAAGGCCUUCCACACCACCAGUUCCUGAUAUCUGCCCUUUUCUGCUUUCAGACAGCUGCCAUUCUCUUCACCCAGUGGAGCAUGAAUUUUAUGAAGGUAAUGAGUAUCUUUCCAGCCUGCCUGCUGAUGCAGAUAGAGCAGAGGACUUUGAGUAUGAGGAGGUGGAGCUGUGCCGUGUCAGUAGCCAGGAGAAGCUGGGCCUGACUGUCUGUUACAGAACCGAUGAUGAGGAGGACACAGGGAUCUAUGUCAGUGAGGUUGAUCCAAACAGCAUUGCUGCCAGGGAUGGCCGGAUCCGUGAAGGAGACCGGAUUUUGCAAAUAAAUGGCCAAGAUGUCCAGAAUCGGGAAGAGGCAGUGGCGUUGCUCUCCAGCGAAGAAUGCAAGAAAAUUGUGUUGCUGGUUGCAAGACCGGAGAUGCAGCUGGAAGAAGGGUGGCUGGAUGAUGAAAGGAAUGAAUUCUUAGAGGAGUUAAACCUGGAAAUGUUGGAAGAGCAACAUAAUGAAGCCAUGCAGUACACAGCCAACGAGGUGGAGCAGCCAAAGAAACAUGAAGAGGAGGAUGGCACUACAGACACUGCAACCUCAUCAUCCAACAAUCAUGAGAAGGACAGUGGGGUGGGACCUACAGAUGAAAGUCUGCGUAAUGACGAGAGCUCGGAGCAAGAAAACGCACCUGAAGAGCAGAAAAACGCAACCCUGCAGAGCAAACGGGAGCUGGGCCACAGCCAAGAUACCUUAGGAAGCGCUGAGCUCCAGUGCAAUGAAAGCUUUGUGUCUGGGGAAUACAUUGAAUCUGAUUUUGUUGGAAACCCGGAGGAGGAAUGUGAAAGAUUUCGGCAGCUAUUGGAACUGAAGUGCAAGAUUCGAAACCACGGGGAGUACGACCUGUAUUAUUCGAGCAGCAUGAUAGAGUGCAACAGAAGAGAACAAGAUGGAGUAGAGCAUGAGCUGCAACUACUCAAUGAGGAACUGAGGAAUAUUGAACUCGAAUGUCAGAAUAUUAUGCAAGCUCACCAGCUCCAAAAGGUGAGGGAUCAGUAUGGAGACAUUUGGGCUUUACAUGAUGAAGGGUUCAGGAAUUAUAACACCAGCAUAGAUGUACAAAGAGGUAAACUGGAUGACAUCAUGGAGCACCCUGAGAAAUCUGACAAGGACAGCUCCAGCGCCUACAACACAGCUGAAAGCUGCAGGAGCACACCACUGACAGUGGAGCGAUCCCCUGAUAACUCUCUCCAGAGGAUGAUCAGCAUCACCAACAGGAAAAACCUGAGGAGCACAAUCGUGACUAAUCAGUCAUCCUCAGGACAAAGCAGCAGGGAGAUAACCUCAGCCAAAUCCAAACCCACUGAGCAAAACAGUGCUGCUGAGGAUGCAGCGCUGGCAUCAGAAAGCAGCAAAUUCACAGACCAGGAAAAGCCGAGUGGUGAGCACAUUCCCUACCUGUCACCAUAUCACAGCUCUUCUUACAGAUACGGGAAUAUACCUGCUCACGCGAAGCAUUAUCAAAGCUAUAUGCAGCUGAUCCAGCAGAAGUCUGCUGUGGAGUAUGCCCAAAGCCAGCUCAGCCUGGUGAGCAUGUGCAAGGACUCGCAGAAGGGUGCGGAGCCCAAGAUGGAGUGGAAGGUGAAAAUAAGGAGUGAUGGGACGAGGUACAUCACAAAGAGACCAGUGAGAGACAGAAUCCUGAAGGAACGUGCCUUAAAAAUUAAAGAGGAGCGCAGCGGGAUGACGACAGAUGAUGAUACAAUGAGUGAGAUGAAGAUGGGUCGCUACUGGAGCAAAGAAGAGCGGAAGCAGCAUUUGGUGAGAGCCAAGGAGCAGAGAAGGCGGCGGGAGUUCAUGAUGAGGAGCAGGCUGGAGUGUCUUAAAGAAAGUCCUCAGAGUGGCAGUGAGGGGAAAAAGGAAAUUAACAUUAUUGAACUGAGUCACAAAAAGAUGAUGAAAAAGAGAAACAAGAAAAUCUUGGACAACUGGAUGACAAUCCAAGAACUGAUGACACAUGGUGCUAAAUCUCCAGAUGGCACCAGAGUGCACAAUGCCUUUUUAUCAGUUACUACUGUAUGAACACAACUUCUUCCAGAGAGUAUACUACCAGUUCAGGUAGAGUACGAUUGCCUCGUUCAAU